CAUGUCGUCUGCCUCUGCUAUUGUUAUUAAAAAUGAGUGAGGUUGAGGGUAGCUUGAAAUCUACUAAUUUGAACAAGUCUGGGUUAUUUUUAAUAGGGAUUAGUGGUGGAGCAGCUGUUGCACUCACUGUUUUAUGCGCUCCAUUCGUGUCACCAGCUCUAAGAAGAAUAUGUCUACCAUAUGUACCAGCUACUACAGUGCAGGUUGAAAAUGUUUUGUCGGCUCUUAGGGGCAGGAGUGGACAUCUUGUAGAUAUAGGAAGCGGGGAUGGCCGCAUUGUACUAGCAGCGGCGGCAUCUGGGUUCAAAGCUGAUGGUGUGGAGCUAAAUCCAUGGCUGGUUUUCUACUCUCGCCUAUCUGCACUCAAGGCUGGACUCUCUAGCAAAACAUCGUUUCAUCGAAAAGAUCUGUGGAGGUUUUCGUUAAGGCCGUAUAACAACAUUGUUAUAUUUGGUGUAGAAGAAAUGAUGGUUGAACUAGAACAAAAGAUGAAUGAAGAAGUGAGCAAAGAUGCUCAUGUGGUGGCUUGCAGGUUUCCACUUCCCAACCGAACCCCAGACCAAACCAUCGGAUCAGGAGUUGACACUGUCUGGCUGUAUAGGUUCAGGUAGUUGAACAUUUGUUAUCAGCAGGUUGCCACAAUGGAACUUCACAAUACCUGGUUUCUCAAAAGUAGGUACUUACAGAACUUAAAUAGUAAAGUAAGCAGGCACUGUCCAUGUUUCAAGAUGCAAUCUACCAAAAAUGCCCAUCAAUUAAAUGAGCAGCUGAGAUUAAUUUGCUGACUUUAUCAAAUGAAAAGUUUUGUAAUUGAUAUACCGUAACUCAAACAGAGUGAAAUAGUCAAUUAAGCCAUUAUAAGUGAAUAUUAUGCCAAUUUGUUAGGCCUUUACAGGGUCUUAAAAUAUAGUUGUAGAUAAUCGUUUUAACAGUUAUAAAAUGUUCCUGUCGACAAAUUGUAUUUAGUAGAAUUAUCAAUGUAGUU